UUUUCAUGGUGGACCCCGAACAUCCAAUCAGCUUGUUCAUCAUUCAUUUGGAGUUUGUGAGUGUAGCUAAGUGAUGAAAGUGCACAAAGAUCACGGUUUGGGUAAAAUAGAGCAACAUGCUGCUAACAUCAGCUUCUCUGAAGAGACAGCGGUGAUUCCCCCUGCCAUCCGAACGCAGAAGAAGCCUGUGAAGUCAUCUGAUCCGGACCCCUCCAGAAUGUCAGCCGUCAUGUGGAGCCUGCUUCUCGCUUAACGACACCCUCUGGUUUCUCGGGGUGUCCAACUGAACGAGAACACGUCGACUUUAUUUCGCCGGUGGGUUUCCCCCCUCCGCUUAAAUUUGGACCAAGCGAAACUCGCGGGCCGGUGAACAGACACUUAGUGCGGCGGACAACAUGCGCUCCUUAGCGGGACUAGCGGCCAUCGUAGGGACGGCGAGCGUCUACCUCUACCUGCUGUCCACGCACCUUCCCCCGGGUCCGAAGCGGCACCAGUCGGCCUCUGAGGAGGACGGAGAGGCCGAGCAGGAGGACAGACUGACAUUCCCGUCUGACCUGGAGUCUCUCAGAGAGCUCGCAGAGAUGCUCAGGUUUUAUAAAAGAGAACAAUACAGCUACGUUCUGCUACUGUUCUGCAGCGCCUACCUCUAUAAACAGUCAUUCGCCAUACCUGGUUCUUCCUUCCUGAACAUGUUGGCUGGUGCCAUAUUCGGACCCUGGGAGGGUCUGGUUUUGGCCUGUUUCCUUGCCACUUUUGGCUCCACAUUCUGUUUCCUGCUGUCCUUGACAUUUGGGAAACAGUAUGUGGUUCAAUUCUUUCCUGAGAAGGUGGCCCUUCUGCAGAGGAAGGUGGAAGAGAAUCGUAGCUGCCUAUUCUUCUUCCUCCUUUUCCUUCGUUUCUUCCCCAUGACUCCUAACUGGUUCCUUAACAUCACUUGUCCUGUCCUCAACAUCCCCAUCUCCAUUUUCUUCUUCUCUGUGUUUAUAGGUUUGAUCCCGUAUAACUUCAUCUGUGUCCGUACGGGCUCCAUCCUGUCUCAGAUCUCCUCUCUGGACGACAUCUUCUCUUGGGGGACGCUGGCUCAGCUUCUGGCCAUCGCCCUCGUAGCUCUCCUCCCUGGAGCGCUGAUCAAACACUACAGCAAAGCUCAUCUGAAGGUGGACGGCGUUGGCAGCAAUGAGACCAGACAGCUGGAAAUCAAACAGGAUCGGAAGAGACGACUGCUGUUUAGGCUUGUCAACUUGUGCCAAACCCUAGCCUGCCAAGCCGUGUAACUAAAUAGACUGGCCACAACCCACUGAUGGCUCUGAGUCAUGAAGAGGGAUCUACGGCUGCCUUUCACACAGACAGUAUAGAUGAAGACACUCCUUGGACUGGCGCUGUCUAUUGGAGCUGGCAUAGUAGCGGGCCACCAUCUUGGAUGGGUCCCCAUUUGUCCCCAGUGCAUUUAUUUCUACUGAGGAAGGUGCUUACCUAGUCAGAUAUUUAGUAUGGCAUGACAAUUAGAAUAUAAAUAUAUUUAAACUAAAUAAAAUAAAAUAUAAAGUCCCAACAGGUAGACUAGAAAAGUCAAUAGUAAUCACAUAUGAUCUGUUUUCAAAAGUACACCGGUUGUUGCGACCAUAAGCUGUACAAAAACGAACAUAGUUGUUCACCCUGCGUUGACUCCGGUUUGGUUUGGAGAGUGAGGGACCCAUACAAUAUGGUGGCGACGCUGUUGUGCUCUCCAGCACCCAAUGGGGCAUUUACAUAUUCAUGUUUGAUGUCUUUCAAACUGUCUCCGCAGGCUAUUGGACAACAAACAACAUAUUCAGAGCUACCGAUGUCAGUCAGUGGGGCAGUCUGCCAUACACCGUCGAAAAAGAUGAAAAUCCAUAGUUUUUUAUGAAUAAACUUAAGAAAAAUUAUUUGCUCUUGACUCAAAGAAAAGCCCAACUCUAAACAGUCCAAAGUUCAUGCCAAAGAUGGCACUGGCUCAUUUGAAAUGAGCCAGUGCCAUCUUUGUUUAACUUCCCGCUCACCAAACUGAGCGCUGUGAUUGGCGAAUCAAUCAGAUAGAGCUCUGUGAUUGGCCAGGCACCAGAGUAACCAGGGCUGCAGAGGUUCCAAUGGCGCGUGGCUAGACCGACAUGCAGAGCAAAAUCAUUUUGCUUUGGCAGCUGAUGUUCUACAUGUAGAUUUGUAGGCUAGCCAAACCCAAGAUGUUAUCCAUGUAGGGUCUGUGUGCAUCCCUCUAAACACACAAACUGGUAUGUUGCAUCAAGUUUUUGUGAAUUGAAACUAAUUGAUGUUUUUUUUGUGUGGUUCAGAGAAGGCCUUAGCUUUAGUACACCCGGGCCAGAUGCAUAUCAAGUGUGUAUUUGUCCAAUUGAUUUAUUUCUAACAUAAAUAUUUGUUUUUCCAGCUGUGAUUUAUUUGUUCAGUUUUUUUAUUUGGAUAUUUCUUCUACAGGAUCCCGUCCUCUUAAUUCAUGCUAGCAUUUAUAAUUGGCAUUCUAUGUGUAAUUUCAGAAGUGAGAUCAUGCGAUUACAAUGUGUUAUUUUUUAUUUAAUUACUUAAGUGUAAUUCAUAUGAAAGCAAAGAAAAUCAUGUCAUGUUAAUAUUUCUGUUUUUUCACACACAGUUUACUAAAAACUAAACAGAUGCAUGCAUCUGGCUCCAAAAACGAGCACAGAGCUGUGUUGAGUUACUGUUCUUCUGUGUUUAAUGAUUAAAACAUGCAGCCCCCUAAAUGUAGGAUAUAUUGUUUUAGUUUGGAUUUUUAAUGAUUUCUUUUUAAAGAACUUGAAAAUGUCUUAAUGUAGUUGUGGCAGCAGAUGAUAGAAUUAUAUGGAAAUUUAUCAGGGUUUAACAUGCCGUUUAUUUUUCUUAAAUGUUUAAUUGUUGUUUAAACAAAUGUUAUUUAGAAGAACAUUUGUUUUGUCUUGCACCAAAACACCCUGGAACGGCUUGCAGCAGAUGUUUAGUUGUGUUUGGUUGAUUCUUUUUUCUCUAGAUUUAAGAGGCAAAUAUGAGCCAGGGGUUUUAUUUUAACAUUAAAAUGAAUACAUUCGAUUUUUUCCAGCAACACAUGAUGUGCCUUUAUAACACAGCUGUUUUAAGUUCUAAAUUAUGUCGCUUAUCAGGGAGUCAGUUCAAAUAAUGCAGUUUUUCUUUUGAAAAUACACAAAAAAAUAAACAAUCAUGCCAUUACAGAA